UCACACAUAGCCUUUCCGAGCCUCUCCCGUCGCUCACGCCCACUUUCCCCUGGCUCUCCGGCUCUCCCCUUCUGUGCGUGAGUGCUUGUGUCUUACAUGUCUGUGAGCCUCAGUCGCAUCCUCCGCACCUGGGUACCGAUUCACAGCCCGGACCGAGGCAGCAGCAGCAUCCCUUACGCCGGGCUCGCUCAGUGUGUCCUGAGGAACUGCUCACCCAGCUUGUGAGGGCCGUCCAUCUUCCGUCCAGCUGACCAAUAGGAGGUCACCAUGGGCUCCAGCCCCUCCUCCUACGCCCCAAAAACCAUCUACCUCAAUGUGGACGGAAAGAUCCAGAAGGUGGUCUUCAGUCGUCACUGCAGUCCGUGUGACAUCAAAGAGCUGUUGUGUUCCUCCUCCAACAUCCCCAGGAACAGCGCCAUCAUGAUGGUGGAUCCAGAGGGGGCCAUGGUCUCCAUAGACCCCACCAUGCCGCCCAACUCUCCAAACACCUUGUACAAAGUGGUCCCUCUCUCCACUGGUCAGCUUGGAGAGAAAGAAGACAUGUUUCAGAAUGUGUUGUCUCAGGUGGCUGAGCAGUUUAGCAGAGCUUUCCGUAUCAACGAGCUGAAGACGGAGGUGACAAACAGACUAGCUAUGCUGGAGAAGAGAGUGGAACUGGAGGGCUUGAAGGUGGUGGAGAUCGAGAAGUGUAAAAACGACCUGAAGAAGUUACGAGAUGAGAUGACCUCACGAGUUGGGGGCAGAGUGAACUGCCCUUGCAAAUACAACUUCUCAGAUGAUGGAAAGAAGCUGACUCCAAGACGUGAUGUGCCCAGCUAUCCAAAGUACACCUUGUCUCAGGAGACAAUCGAGGCACUGAAGAAGCCAACCUUUGACGUCUGGCACUGGGAACAUAAUGAGAUGCUGAGCUGUUUGGAGUAUAUGUACCACGACCUCGGGCUAGUGAGGGAAUUCAACAUGAACCCCAUCACUCUCAAACGCUGGCUGCUGGGCAUCCAAGAGAACUACCGUAGCAACCCCUUCCACAACUUCCGCCAUUGCUUCUGCGUCAGCCAGAUGAUGUAUGGGAUGAUCCAUCUCUGCAACCUCCAGGAGAAGUUGACUCUGACCGACAUGGGCAUCCUCAUGACGGCCGCAGUGUGCCACGACCUGGACCACCCCGGCUACAACAACACCUACCAGAUCAAUGCCCGCACGGAGCUGGCGGUGCGCUACAACGACAUCUCUCCCCUGGAGAACCACCACUGUGCCGUGGCCUUUCAGAUCCUCUGUCUGCCCGAGUGCAACAUCUUCGCCAACGUGGACCUUGAGGCGUUCAAACAGAUCAGACAGGCCAUCAUCACCCUGAUCCUGGCCACGGACAUGGCGCGACAUGGCGAGAUCUUGGAGUCCUUCAAGCAGAAAGUGGACAGCUUCGACUACGCCAAUGAGGAGCACGUCACAUGCUUGAAGAUGGUGUUGAUCAAGUGCUGCGACAUCUCCAACGAGGUGAGGCCCACAGAGGUGGCGGAGCCCUGGGUGGACUGCCUGCUGGAAGAGUACUUCAUGCAGAGCGACAGGGAGAAGUGUGAGGGCCUUCCCGUCGCCCCCUUCAUGGACCGGGACAAAGUCACGAAGCCCACCGCUCAGAUCGGCUUCAUCAAGUUCGUCCUCAUCCCCAUGUUUGAGACAGUCAUGAAGCUCUUCCCCCAGAUCGAGGAGAUCAUGGUGCAGCCGCUGAGGGACUCCCGCGACCACUACGAGGAGCUGAAGCAGAUCGACGACGCCAUGACUGAAGCACAGAAGAAAAAAACUGAAAAUAUGUCAUUAGGCGGCAAGAAGAAGUAAGCUCUGCUCUGAGUGAGUGCAGUGGUAACUGUGUCUGAGGAGCUCGUAGCGCACCGCAGGGCCAACACAUGGAGGCCAGGGGAGGAGGAGGAGGAGGAGGAGGAGGAGGAGGAGGAGGAGGAGGAAAGACAGACGGCUCGGCUGCACUUCUGAACCAAGAAGACCUGUCUUGACCUUUGACUUUUACUUUUUACACUGAUGGUUAGCCCUGAGCGAAACCCGGUGACCCCUCUUUGAAUACAUUGUGGGUACACGUGUGUGUACUUGUUGUUUUAUUUCUGUAGAAUUACAUUCCUGUCAAACGGUUAGAGUCACCUGCUGGCAAGAGGAAUAAUAGCAUCGGUUGAGGACUUAUUCAAGUUAUAUAUUUGUUUCAAAAUAAAUAAUAACAUAUAGAGCUGUGCACAAUAUCUUGGUGAACAGCCUUUAUUUUUUUCUCGCACAAUUUUAUCUACCAAAUUUUCUGAAAUUGGUUCCAGACGGCAGCAAUAAGAGAUGUUAAUGAGUAUAUGUGGGUACAAAUUCCGGCACAUACAAGCCACUUCACAUUCGAUUACACCAGGUUUUGUUGCAUUCAAUGUUAUUGUGUGAUGUGUUGUAUUCAAAUAUAGGCCUACAGCAAGCAAGCUUUAACAUCUUUCCAAUCAAUCAUUAUACACCAUGUUCAUUUGUGUCAUACUCGAAGGCGUCUGCUAUACUUAUAAACGUACAAAAAAGAAGUGCCUUUGCUUUAAAACAACACCAUUUUAACUAGUUAGCUUUACCAUAAUCAAAGUUUGUAUUUUUGUUUGUUAGCUCUUUAGUUUGGUUUUAUUUUAGGGGGGAAAGGCUUCUCCAUGUUAAACCGACAUUGCAAGACUAUCAAGUAUGAAAAUUGAAUCAGGAAAUUUGACUCCUUAGGUCUGUUUACUGCUUGAAAUUCAAAAAAACAAUAAUGUAACAUUGGGUCGACAUGUUUUUAGUAACUGAACUAGUUCCUAAAAUGUGUCUGCACAGACCAAUUCAAAUCAUUAUUUAUUUACCACUGUUUUUGUAGCGCUAAAACACUUGAGGUCUGUCUAUUUUGUUGCUUUUGUUUUAACAAUUCAAAUACAAUUUUAUUUACCGUGAACAAGAACAAUACGCAUACCAAUGCUACCUGAGUCUCACUACCUCCCUGCUGCAUCUGUUUUAUAAUUGAAUGUACUCUAUAUUGUGUAUGCUCUGUAUUGUGCAUAAUUGUUAUACCUGAUGUUUAGGACUGAAUUCCUCUGCUUCAUAAAGAACAUUGUAGCACACCAUUUUACCAGCAAUACAACUUGUUGAAACAUGUUUUUAUUUUAUUUAUAGCCUUAGUUGUGUGUUACCGAGGUACAACUAUCAUUUAACUCAGCCCCACCUAACUGCUUUUCUUUCCCUCUCUAAAGAGUGUCUCUGAGCACAUGGUGUACGUGGGUGGUUUCCCCCGCAGGUGAAAGAACGUUUGAUUUUAUUGGUUGCUUUAUUGCUGCCAGUUCUCCACUCACUGUAGUAAUAAUUCUUUCACUUGCUGCUUUCUUUCUUUCUUUUUUUUACCACAUACUCAUAAUUAAAAUGUAUUUUUUACCACCAACACAACUCUUGUGAGAUAAUUUCAGCAAUAAAUAACACCAUGGGUGUCCAGAGACAAGACAUAAAUAGUAGCUUUAUUAUUAUCUUUACAGCCAAAUAGGGAGUAGGGCUUGUGCAUUACAAUGCAUCAUGGGAUCUCUUGCCAUGUUGUGAAAAACAAAGAGAGUUUUAGUAAUGUUAAAUCAUAAAUAAUUAUAAAAGUAUCGUAACCUGGGCUAAUGAAAACUUGGUUUUGCCACGUCUUGCAUGAGAAGCGCUGUGGUAGUUUCAAAGAAAAUAAUAUCCCAUAGUAACAAAUCAUUUCACGAUUAAUUAAUAUACAAUGACCAAAACACUAU